GGAGAUAGCGGUUGAGGUAAAGUGUGGAAGGGGCAGCAUUAAUCAGUCGCCCCCAUUAAACAAACCUAUACCUGCAAAGCAAUAGAUAUAGGUAAGACACAAAUACCCGAAAAAAAAAAUCAGAUCUUUUAAAUCCCAGUCUACGUCACGUUUAUUUUUCUGGUUCUGCUCUCAUGGUCAGGUGCAGUGAAGUGGAGUCUUUUUAUUUGAUGGUCAUGUUUUCCCUGAUGAUCUCUUGUCUUCAUGGAAACAGAUUCUGCACAGCUGAAUAAUCUCAAAGACUGUGCCUUUGAAGCAAUUAUGAUGCUAAAAACAUUGCAUAGCUUUUAAGGAUAUGGACCAAAUCGAAACUGUCAAUGAAAGUGUGUGCAGAAGAACUGGCUUUACUAUGUUCAUAAGGGCACCUUCCUGUACCUUGCAGUGACCCAGAUUUGGAGCACUUUCCAACAACAGGAAGCCUGACAGCACAGUUGUGGUCAAGCAUAGAAUGAAGCGGUGGAGGCAAAGUUGGGUGUCAUCAGCAUAUAAAUGAAACCUGAUCCCAUGCCUGCGAAUGAUGUCACUGAGACCCUUACUAACUCAGACAGAUGACCGACUAAAAGCCUGACGACCAAAACCAGUUCAGCUGUGGGUCAAAUAGUGCGUCUACAUGAUCACAUGACUCUUGAUAUGGAUGCGGUCCUGUCAGACUUUGUUCGCUCCACGGGGGCAGAACCUGGUCUGGCAAGAGACCUGCUGGAAGGUAAAAACUGGGAUCUGAGUGCAGCGCUGAAUGACUUUGAACAACUUAGGCAAGUUCACACUGGGAACUUGCCUCAUGUGUUCAAUGAAGGAAGCUUCUACAAGCAGCAAGAAAAAGAACUGUCCAACCAAAUGAACAAGUCUGAGCAGAGACAGGAUGAGAUUACUCAAGAAAAACGCCUUUCGAGAGGAAUUUCUCAUGCAAGUUCAGCUAUUGUGUCCCUCGCUCGAUCACAGGUGGCAAAUGAAUGCAGUAGUGAGCAGUUUCCUUUAGAGAUGCCCAUUUAUACAUUCCAGCUGCCUGAUUUAAAUGUGUACAGUGAAGAUUUCCGAAGCUUUAUUGAACGGGAUUUGAUUGAACAGUCGACAAUGGUAGCCUUGGAGCAGGCAGGUCGACUAAAUUGGUGGUCUGUUGCUUGUUCAAGUUGCAAACGUCUUCUCCCAUUAGCAACAACAGGGGAUGGGAACUGUCUCUUACAUGCAGCGUCAUUAGGCAUGUGGGGUUUCCAUGAUAGAGACCUGAUGCUUCGAAAAGCUCUUUAUACUAUGAUGAAAAAUGGUACAGAAAGAGAUGCGUUGAAGAGAAGAUGGAGGUGGCAACAGACGCAACAAAAUAAGGAGUCCGGUUUGGUUUACACUGAAGAGGAGUGGGAGCGAGAGUGGAAUGAGCUGCUUAAACUUGCUUCCAGUGAGCCUCGCACACACUACAGUAAGAAUACAGGCACAUGUGGUGGCGUGGAUAACUCAGAGGAUCCAGUUUAUGAAAGUUUAGAGGAAUUCCACGUCUUUGUUUUGGCUCACGUAUUACGAAGACCAAUUGUUGUUGUUGCAGACACAAUGCUAAGGGAUUCGGGAGGUGAAGCAUUUGCACCAAUACCUUUUGGAGGAAUUUACUUACCUCUGGAAGUACCCCCUAACAGAUGUCACUGCUCACCUUUAGUCUUAGCCUAUGAUCAGGCCCAUUUCUCUGCACUGGUAUCUAUGGAACAGAAUGAUCAACAAAGGGAACAAGCUGCAAUUCCCUUGACUGACUCAGAACACAAACUGCUACCUUUGCAUUUUGCAAUGGAUCCCAAGAAAGAUUGGGAGUGGGGGAAGGAUGACAACGACAACACCAAAUUGGCCAAUUUAAUCCUUUCCCUGGAAGCUAAGCUUCAUCUACUGCACAGCUAUAUGAAUGUAUCUUGGAUUUGUAUUCCUGCUGAAACAAGGGCACCUUUGGCCCAGCCGGAAUCACCAACCGCUUCAGUAGGGGAAGAUGUCCAUUCGCUGUCCGACUCAGAGUCAGACAGAGACAGUGUCUGCAGCAACUCUAACCUGAAUGGGAACAAAAACCAGAAAGAAAAAGAUAAAGGAGAUAAACAAAAGAAGGACAAGGAAAAGAAUAGGACAGAUUCUGUCGCAAACAAACUCGGGAGCCUUAGCAAAACCCUGGGGAUUAAAAUAAAGAAGAACAUGGGGGGACUUGGAGGACUGGUACAUGGAAAGAUCAGUAGAGGAAACUCCAGCAAUGGACGGAAUGGGGAGAAUGUGGAGAAAGUCAAGAAAAAAGAAUCCAACAAAUCUAGUAAAGGAAGUAAAGAGGAGUCAUCGCAAUCUGCAAGUUCAUCUCCUACUGACAAGUCAAAUAUAUCUGCUAAAACCCUCAUAGAGAAACAGACUGACCAGUGGAAGUACAGCACUGAUGUCAAACUCAGCCUCAACAUACUGAGAGCUGCUAUGCAAGGAGAGAGAAAGUUCAUUUUUGCCGGUCUUCUGUUGACUAGCCAUAGGCACCAGUUUCACGAGGAGAUGAUUAAUUAUUACUUGACCACCGCUCAGGAGCGCUUCAAUGCAGAACAGGAGCAAAAACGUAAAGAGACAGAAAAAAAAGCUUCCAGUAACUCAACAUGUAAAAAGGUGGAACAAGAACCAUCUCAGAGAAGCAAGAUAGAAUCAAAUUCUCAGGAGGACACUCUUCAGGGCUCUCCUCAAAGCCAUACAGGUCAGCUGGGCUCAAAAUUAGAGGAAAAGAGUGACCAGACAAAAGAGACCAAUUCACCACGCACCAGUGAAAUUCCUAAAACUGGCACUCUCACCUCGGCCCACUUCACCCACACGCCAGCUUUGUUGCGGCAUGUCAUCCACGUGGCUGAGGUCAAAUCUCAGCCGUUGAGCUACCAAGUUGACAAUCAGCCACCCAUCAUCAGCUCCUUGAAAACAUGCGCAACAUACCCGCAGCAUAAUCGCUCGCUGUCUUAUCAAAGUUACUGUCCUGUGGGCCUUUCAGGGUUCCCCACUGUGGAAAACAUGGAGCCUCUGAAGUGUUUGCUGCCUCCCGAACACAAAAGUCACACAUAUACCAAUGGGUUUGGUACAGGUGAUGUUAGUGACUACUUGGAAUAUGCAGAUGAUGACGUUUCCUCAGUAUGGCAGAGUGGAGAGAAAGCCAAAGGGCGAAGCAUGGCAGCUCCUCCCUAUUCCCUACAACAAAACCGAUGCAAACAGCACAACUGCCCCUUCUACGGCCGUCCAGAGACAGAAUUUUACUGCUCCUACUGCUACAAAGAGGAGCUCAAACGCAGGGAAAGAGGAAACAAGUCUAUUUGACUGUGAAGAUUGUAUGGAAGAUUUUGUUCCAGUUUUUCCAUAUUAACCAAGUCCAUAAUUACAAAUAUUUUGAAGGAGCAAUUUAAUAAGUAGAGCAUCUAUUUAUAAGUCUUUAAACUAUAAAGGAAAGUCUGUUCAUUACAUUUUGAGAGUGCUGCAAUCGUAUCUAUUAGAACGGUUUCCAACCUCUAUUCCGAAUUGAUGCUCCGGCCCCUAAUUCCUGCUCAGUAUCCUGGGGCAAUGUGAGACCUUUUCAUGUUGUUACUCCAUGGACUGUUAGCAAAUAGUUGAUUAUAUUCCUACAUGUAUUUUUUUUUAAAUUACACUACAGCAAAAUAAAUACCAGGAGAUGAUUUGCACAUUAGUUACCAAUGUAAAAGUGAUAUGGUGACAUAGAGCAGAAAAUAACCAUUUAUUUAUGUGUUUGUGAACUAGAAGAUGCAUUAUGACCGGAAUUUACAAGCAAAAGUUAAAAAAUUGUAAUAUAGAAAUUAUUUUUAUAUUAUUUUCACAAAUGUGCUGCAAAGCAAUAUUUUGCGCUUUUUAUUAAAAAAAACACAGUUGCCACUUUAAUAGAUGAUUUAAUUGCAGAAACUGUUAACUAGAGGCAUACGAUAGAGCUCUGUAAUGUGUGUUUAUAAGCUCCAGUGGACUUGGAGUGGCUCGCGCGUUCAUACAUUUUGAUACUUUGUAAACAUGCAAUUUUAUUUGAGAAAUGGGUUUUUCUGAAACUUGCUUCCAAUGUUUCGACAUGGCCUCGAUCCUUUGUUGUGCUGUUAAACAUCUGUUGCACCACUUUGCAGUGACUGCGGUCAUUUGCUUUGCUAUUUCAGCCAAGAAUUUCUCAAGCGGACUGCAUUCUAAUCUAUCUAUCUGUGUAUCUCUAGUGUGCAUUCAUCACACUGCAGACUUCACACUUUGUCACAAAUGCAAAGCAAUUGUAGAAAAGAGGAAGAAAGCCAGUUUGCUGGGUUCUUCUGAUUUGGACCCAGAACUUUACAAACAGUUACACAUGGCCUGUGAUUGACAUCAAAAAUUCACAAGCAGUUGCAACUGCCUGAAUUUGUCUUUACGUACCAUUUACCAACAGGGAAUAUUAGAGCAGUGGCCUUACAGGGACAGAUUAGGUUCAUAGCUAAAAUUGCAACAGGGCUCCAGAUGCAGACUUCCUGUGAACAUGUCAUGGGAUGCUAUAGUGUCUACUAGCCUUCUUUUAAUAACGUAAGACAGACUAUUUCUGUGCAGUUUUUAUUUUCAAUGACUUUGUGUUUUCUGUUUUAAUAUGAAAAUAAAACUCAUGGGAAUAUUUCCUUCUGUAAUAAUCUUAGCACUAUGCACACAAUGACAAAGCAAAAAUGGAGGGAUGGGGUUCUUGAGAAGGUCAGGCAGCAUCUCUGGAGCAAGAAACAGAAUUAAUGUUUCAGCUCAUCGGGUUGUUUCUCUCUCCAGUGAUAUUGCCUGACCCCAGUAUCUCCAGCAUUUUCUGGUUUUAUUUCAGGUCUCCAGCAUCCAUAGUAUUUUAAUUUUUUAUAGAUGGGGUUUCCUCUUGACUCUCUCCCAUGUACAUUUCCCAUUUGGCAGUGCUAGGGUCAAUGGUUGACUUCACUGCCCAUUUAAUUAACUAAAAAGUGCAGUGGAGAAUAUAAAUGCCAGUGAACUUGCAUGAAUGCCUUCGUGGGAAUUCUUUGUUAACCUUGCUGUUUAUAUUACUUAAUGGCUUGGCUUUCCCAAUUUGCAUUCAUACAGGAAAUCAGGCCCCAGUAGAACGUGCACAUUUCUGUUCCAUUAUGGGGUAAGGUGAUUUGUCUUGUUUCUCCAGGAGUGUUGGGGAAUACUUUUGGGAAAGAUGAAAGUGAAUAAUAACUAACCUCCUGACUUUUUAACUUCAUGUAGAAUUUCCUGAUCACCUGGGAGAGGGGUGGGUAGGGAAUGGAAGCACUCGUGGAAAUUUAAGCAGAGAAUUUUGGGUUAACUUUUUAACAUUUACUGAUUAUUUUGAACUUUCAGGGUUGAGAAAAGAAUUUCACCGAAACUUUAAAGUACAAAACCAGAAAGGAUAAGAGAAUUCAACAUUACUUUUAUCUGUCUGUUUUCAGAACAAGAAACUAGUUUGCGAAUGGCUGACAUUUCAAUAAAUGAUAAUUCACUUGACUUGUGGAGAACACCAGUGAGCUCAGGAAACUCGAUAAAAUCCUUUGAAACCUUGAACAAUGUAAUAAGUUUUGUUUAAUUGUGUUUGAUUGUUCCUGGAUUUUUUCUUUUUCUGAUCACAAGAUUUUCCAAAUGGUGAGAAGCCAAAUAUCCUCAUUUUCAAGUUUACCAAGAAACUGCUGAAAUUUAAUAAAAAGACCUGAUCUCUGGCAUACGUCAUGUGUUAAGAUAAAUUAUCGAUUGAGGUUAAUGUGAUAGGUGCUGUUAUCAGAUAGGAUUUUCAAUGGGAGACACACUAUCUUCCUUGUUUGAUCAUGGUAUUCUGCAUUGUUUUAAAUGUUUAUCACCCAACUUGCACUGAAAAAUUAAAACCCAAGUUAUUCUGA